UUCACUUUUCAAAACCUGCCCGCCAUCUUGCAUGUUGUUCGCGUUGGGCAGGUGAACGUUUGUUUAGUGAAUAUAAAUAUUACGUUUAAUUUCGUGUCUGGUUAUAACAUUUUUGACUUCCGUGACCCGCCUUAAUAUAAAGGAUGGAUUCUCGCUUCGCUCACCUGUACAAGCGGGACAGCAGUGUGUCUAUGAUCCGGCUGAAGAUGUCCAGACGCCGGUCUCAAUCUCAGAAAGAGAACCGAGAGAAGAUCCAGAACCUGCGCAGACACCUGGACCAGCUGCCGGAGAUGGAACUCUCAAUGGAUGCAUCCAGUAUCAUGGCCACCCAAGACAAAGCACCAAAAACAAAUCCAGCUAACGAUGUAAAUGCUGCGGCUGAGGAGAGAAAGAAGAUGCUCGCUCGUUACAAAGAAAACAAGAUGUUGCAGAAGGAAAAGGAAAAGCGGGAGAAAGAGAAGAAAGGUGUGUUUAAGGUCAGCCUGUAUAAGCCACAGCCGCUCGGGUAUCUGCCUUCAAACACUGCUCCACAAAGCAGAGGCAAGAUCACAGAAGCUAACCAGUCCACACGAGUGACCCGCUCAAUGAUGCAGAAUCAAAAGCCAGCAGUAGACAGACAUGCUGCUCCAAAAAAAGUUGAAAAUGUAUUGACCACCAGAGCUCCAGCCAAGACUACUUCAAAAGCUGUGACUACCACCAAAACCAGAACAGCUACAGUCGAUCCACCUGUAAGAGCUCCAACCACACGAUCAGCUGCUAAAACACCAGCAGCUGUGGUUAAACCGGUUACCGACUCAAGGACUGCAAAAACAAGAUCAACUGUUAAAUGUCCUGUAGCACCCCCUUCAGGCAGAGGAAAAGCUGUACAAGGCAACACAAAGCCAGUUAUUGAAAAUAAGCCUGCUGAGAAAAAGGACACUGCAGUUGAUUCUCAGAGACCUGAGAAAGAGGAACCCAAAGCUGCUGCUGCCCCCUCAUUUGCCCCUCAGGGAUUCGUGUUCCAGCCUCCUGUUGGUCUAAGCUCCUUUGAGCCUGCACCCCUCUCUCCACGUUCAGCCAGUGCCUUCCUCUCACCGAGCUUUCUUUCUGAUGCCAGUGUGGAGCCCACCUUCCCCUCUCCCCCGAAACCUGUUCUCCCUGCUCCUUCCCUCUCCUCCCCUCCACCAUCUAUGUCAACCCCUCCACCAGAUCAUCCAGCCAAGCCUCCGUCAGUGUGCUCUCCCCCUCCUGCUGAAUCCUCCCCUCAGCCAUCCAUCUCUACAGCAUCAUCACCUCCAAUGGAGCCUCAGCAUGAUGUUGCCUAUUUCAGGGCAGUGAUGGCCAGCGAGACUGAGCGUUUGACUGGACUCUCUGAGCUGUGGGAGACACGAUUUGAUGAUACUUCUAUUCCGGAGGAGAUGCGAGAUAAGAUGCGUACAGCUGUGGGCCAGGCCAGAUUGUUGAUGAAAGAGCGCUUUGGCCAGUUCAGUGGACUAGUGGAUGACUGCGACUUGGGCCGUGGAGAGAAGAUAACAACCUGUACUGACUUACAGGGCUUCUGGGACAUGGUGUACUUUCAGGUGGAAGACGUUAACAAAAAAUUUAAUGCCUUGAAAGAGGCAGAAGCAAGGGAGUGGAAAGAGGAAGUCAAGCCUGUUGCCAGAAAAAGAGUGGCCAAAAAGCCUCCUGUUGUAGGAGGAGGGAAGGCUGGAACAGGUGCCAGUGCUGCAGCUAAGAGUCGGCUGGCUGCUGUAAAGGCUGCCAUGAGAGCCAAGCAGGCUGAACAGAAAGCCACUGAGACUUCAGACAACAUCCAGGAUGACUUGAGUUCUGUCCCUGCAGCACCUGCAGCAGCACCUGCCACUACACUGCCUACACAGACCGUGGUGUUUAAUGGAGGCUUCUUCCAGGUGGAAAGUCCAGUCAAGCCAUCAGGUGCUGUUAGAAGAUCUUGUCGAACCAGUGCAGUUUCUUCACCCUGUGUUUCCAAGUUCAGCACUCCAGUCAGACAGUGCCGAUCUACUGCAGUUUCUCACAACUCCCCUCUACCUUGCGUGUCUGCCACACCUCCUCGAAACCAUCAACCUGAUGUAUUGCCUGUUUCCACUCCUCUACGUUCUGCAGAUCCCUUGCCACAGACACCCAGAGCUCCUCAGAUCAAUCCUGACCACAGCCAAACCACACACGUUUCGCCAGACACAGAGUCCUGCUCCAACAACCAGUUAAAUUUUGAUUUAAGCUCCACCUGUACCCAACACACCCAACCAGAUAUCAGCAAUGGACCAGAGACCAGUCCAGUAGCCAAAUCACAUGACUCAUCCAGCCAAUCUGAGCUCCCUGUUGAUUCUUCAGAACCUCAGCAUGAGGAACGCAUUCCAGAGUCUAUGCUCAGUCCUUCUUCCCAAGAGGAGCCACAGGAGAACAUCUCUUGUGACGUCUCUGAAGAGAGCUUGCAGGUCCACCCUGAAGCAGAUGUUGGUCCAGAUACUCUAUCCCAGGGCUCAUCUCACACCUCUUCAGAACCAGUGGAAGCAGAACCAGUCUGUGCACCUGCUUCCCCUACCCUGAUGCCCUCCACACCAACCGAAGAUCUUUCUACAGCUCUCUGUAAUGAGGUCAUCGUUACAGCCUUUAAUGGGUCUCCAACCAGUACAGAUGUUGAAAUGACUGGAAUUCAAGAUGCUGAGGGCACUACUGAUUUGGACUUCGAGCGUUACCUGCAGCCAACAGUGAGAUGCAGCAUGUCUCCUGUACAGAGUCCUGCAGCAGAGAGGUUCUCUCUUGGUACGGUGGAUGCUGAGAUGGAGAGUCCCGUGACUCAGGCAGAGGAGCGCCCGGUUGAUGUCUUGGCAACACCUACAGCUCUUCCCAGGAUGGUGUUCUCACCCCAGGCCAGUCAGAUGUCGGACAAUCUGUUGCUGUUCACACCAGAACGGAAGGAGAGAGUGAGACAGUCAGUGUGUGAACGUGACCUGAUCACAUUCACACCUCCCAUGUACAAAUGAAAGCACAUCCACUCACUGUUUGGAUGUAGAUACAUUUUAUUUUUUUGGUUUGUAGUUGAAUUAGACUUUGAUACUUAAUUUGUUACUUUUUGUACCUCAUAAUGACCAUAUUUACAGCAAUAAUAUUUCUAUACAUUUUUGAC